AUGGGGCACGCACGGCCGUCAGAGACGUCUUGCGGCUGCGACGGAGCCAUCACGUGCAUCUUGCACACGCCGAUGGUUGCCGAGCCCGCUGCGGAUGCGGCUGCUUCACUUGCGCCCGUCAACGCCCCCCUCGAGGCUGCGUGGGGUGACGACGACGUCCCGGCCCCGCAAGCGGACCUCUACAACCACGACGUGUGGCAUGGCGCGUAG